AUGGUGGAUACGACUCGAAUGGAGGAACUCUUGAAGAGGCCUCUUUAUGUGUACGAUUUGCCGCAAGAACUUCUUGACAGCUUGAAGGCCAAAACCAAAGGACAACCUGUCGCAGAAGAGCCCGUUGGCCCUUCCUCGGAGGAGCUUGAACAGGCAGCUCAAGAUUCUGCGAUCGCAACAUCAAACCUAUGCUCUCUCUGCAAUGUCUCUUACAGCAGCGUGCAAGACCAGCGCAGCCACGUCCGCUCGGAUCAUCACCGAUAUAACGUCAAAUCUCAACUGCGCGGCAAUGCACCUCUUGGAGAGCUUGAAUUCUCCAAAGCGGUUGGCGAGCUAGAUGAGUCUAUCUCUGGAUCCGAGUCGUCAGAAACAGAGGAGGAGGAUGGAGACGGAGCCACUGGAAACACGCUAUCAGCUUUGCUGAAAAAGCAGGCGAAGCUCAAUCACCCCGAUGAGGAGAGUGUCGCCAACGUGGCUGGAGUCCCGAAAAGCCCACUCCUGUGGUUUUCUAGCUCGGGCCUGCCAUCAAACAAAUCUCUCGGUAUUUACAGGGCCAUGUUCUCAGCCGCCGAGCAGGAGGAUCCCAAAAACUUGGUUGAUACCAUUCGCCGGAAGCAGUUGGCCCCCAAAGGCCGCGCCAACAACGCCAGCAAAACGCAAGAUCCAGCCGCCUCGGGUCCUCAUAUCUUUAUGUGCAUGAUUGGUGGUGGCCACUUCGCGGCUAUGCUGGUAUCUUUGGCACCGGAAAUUCAUCGAAAGCAGGGAGGCAUUGAGGACCGACAAGCGAGGGUUAUUGCGCACAAGUCUAUUCAUCGAUACACUACCCGCCGAAAGCAGGGUGGAUCCCAGUCUGCCAGCGAUGCAUCUCGCGGGGCCGCUCAUUCUGCAGGUUCAAGCCUGCGUCGCUACAACGAAGCUAUGCUUGAAAAGGAGAUCAGAGAUACCUUAACCGAAUGGCGCGACAUGAUCGACAGCGCAGAGCUGUUAUUCGUUCGGGCUACAGGGAAGACAAACAGGAAAAUCCUUUUCGACAAUUACGAUGGACAGGUCCUGAAAAGCAAAGACCCUAGAAUCCGAGGAUUCCCCAUAAACACCCGCCGCGCAACCCAGGGAGAGCUGCUGCGAUGCUUCAAGGAGCUGACCCGUGUCAAGGUCAGCGAGGUAGAUGAGGCCGCACUGGCUGCGGCUGAAAUCAAGCGCAAGGAAGAAGAGGCUAAAGCCUCAACUCCCGCACCAAAACCCCAACCACAGAAGCCAAAGUUGUCAAAGGAGGAUGAGGCUGCCUUGCUACACACAAGCCAAAUCCAGGCUCUCAUCCGCCGCUCCAAGGUUCCCGCCUUGAUGUCUUACAUCUCCAACAACACUAUCCCACCCUCGUUUGUCUUUACGCCCACCGACUCCCCUCAAAACUUCCGCUGCCCGACACCUCUACACCUCGCCGCAAACCUCAACGCCCCAGCUGUGGUCACAGCACUUCUCACGAAAACCGAGUCCGACCCCGCAUCUCUCAACAGCGAAGGCAAGACCCCCUUCGAGCUGAGCGGCGACCGAGCUACUCGCGACGCCUUCCGCAUUGCACGCCACACUCUUGGCGAGUCAAAAUGGGAUUGGGAGACCGCCAAAGUCCCAGCAGCGGUCUCCAAAGCCGAUGCUGACAGUCGUGCCGAGAAGGAGCGUCAGGCCGCUAAUGAGGAGGAGGCGAGUCGUCGCCAGGCCGAUCUGGACCGUCUGAAGCGCGAGGAAGCGGAGAAGUCGGCGUUUGCGAGGACCACAAAGUCUGGUGGAAGGACAGUGGGUGCUGUUGAGAAGUCCGCUGCCGAGAAGCGCGAAGAGGAGACUCGUGGGAUGACGCCUGAGAUGAGGAUGCGACUGGAAAGAGAACGGAGAGCGAGGGCUGCCGAGGAGAGGUUUAAGAAGAUGCAAGGAAAGUGA